AUGGAUCUCCCGUCACUGAAGCGCUGUACUGUGCGGCGCCUGCUUGCCGAGAUCGGCUUCAAGUACGAGAAGAGGUGCCGCAACUCGCUGCUUAUCGACCGCGACGACAUCGUCGAGUGGCGGAAUCGCUACCUUCGUGACGUGGAGCGCUACCCGGGCGGAAGGCCGAAAGAUCUUCUUCCUGGACGAGACAUGGGCCAGCGCCUGAUCGUCACGCACAUCGGCAGUGAAGAUGGGUUCGUAGACGGCUGCUUGGAUGUAUUCCGAGGGCGAAAAACAGGCGAUUACCACGAAGAAAUGGACGGCAAUCGCUUCGAGGGAUGGUUCGGCGACGUGCUGCAGAAGUUGCCAGCUGGUAGUGUCAUUGUUUUGGACAAUGCACCUUACCACUCCAGGCGAGAAGAGAAAUUGCCGACGACGUCCUGGAAGAAGGAAAACAUACAAGAGUGGCUGAAUAGCAAGGACAUCGCCUACAGCGCGACGUUAGUGAAGAGGCAGCUGCUUGAGUUGGUGGCAUCUGUGAAGCCACGCUUUCUCAGCUACAUCAUAGACAACGCAGCUGCAAGGGCCGGUUGCGUUGUGCUCAGGCUGCCGCCGUACCACUGCGAAUUCAAUCCCAUUGAGCUCGUGUGGGCAAAGCCCAUCGUCAUCCAACUGGGGGAAGAUGACACUGAAGAAAGCGACUCUGACUGCGAGCUGUCCGGCAUUGAGCCCCUCGAGGAAGCUUAA